UGUUGCAGCUAGAAAUGUUUCUUGCAAAGUGAAAGAAGAGCAGAGAGUGUGGGCUGAAGCAGGGAGCCGGGCGGUCCUUCCCUGUUACCUGGAGAACAGCUUAGGAGAGGUGUACAAGAGAUUGUCGGUCCGAUGGGAGCGGCGGAGAAGCAGUCCCCCCCAGGUGCAUCACAUGGUUCUCCAGGUGGCCCGUAGCGGUCUCAAAAUGCGGGCCCGUGCCAUGAUGUCCCGAGUGUCAGUGCAGGACCGAGACUUUCUCCAUGGGGAUUUCUCACUUCAAAUCGAGCCCACGUCGAUUGACGAUAUGGGGAGAUAUACGGCAAGAGUGGAAUACGGCAGCAAGGUGCACUGCUGUAAGCUGAAACUUGAUGUGGCCUCAGUAACCCCAUACCCACUUGGUCCAUUGGUUGAGUCUGAGCCCGUUAACCUGACCUGCAACUCCACACUUCCAAAAAAACUGAUAAAGAUACACUGGUUCCACGCUGGUUACCUCAUCACCUCAUCUGGUCGUUUCCAGGCUGCGGAUCAGUCUCUGUUUAUCUCCAGAUCAAUGGCUAGUGACUCUGGACCCUGGGUCUGUGAACUCACCUACUCAGGCGGUGAGAGAGUUUCUGCCACACACCACCUUCAAGUCCUAGGUAAGACGUCAGCCUUUGCCUCAGAUUCCCCCAAAGCGUGGAUUGACUCAUUUGGAGCAACGAGACUCUUUUUCUUUCUCAGUUUCAUCUUCUCUGGAUGAGCCAACAGACAUCUUCACCUCAAAUUCUGGGGUCUGUGGGAU